UCCAAAUAUCGAAAAGUCCCUACAGAAUAACUCGUGGACCUGUUUCCAGGCAACAUGAGAUCGCAUCACGGAGUAUUAUGGCGACAUGACUUUGAAUUCCAUUGAGUAUGGCGGUGGGUGGCAUGCUCAACCGCUGAGUUGUCUGCUUUUGUCCACGGGGAAAGAAUCACCACGAUCGAUGAUGGCGACAGCAAAUGGCGUCCUUCCUGCCAAUGCACUGUAUGUGCUUGCCUUGGACGCAACGAAGGCAGCCAGCAGCAUUGCCCUCCCUCUCAGUGAUACAAACAACUCUCCCUCUGCUCGCAUCAUUCGACUUUACUGCUCACAUUCACAUUCACAUUCACACUCACUAUCUUCCAUCUUUUUGUCUUUGUUCCAUCCCGCUUAGAACUCAUUGUCACAUACCUAUCGACAGCUUACGAUUAACCAUUUCUGCCACUUGCUGUUGCAUAGUCCUUCCUCGCUCUAAUGGCCGACUCCGAAGCUGAUAACAUGUCACCAACCGACCACAACUCGCAAGCCUCAGGCAGGUCACUUGGCCCUCAUUCCCCCAUUCAACCAACUGGACGCAGAUCUACCUUGAGUUUAUCCAACGUCGAAGUCGAUCAGAAUGACUCUGGGGACGACGCCUUCAUGUCUCUCAUACGACAAGUGUUGAACUCGGCGGGCGACGCAAAUCCAUCGGGUCUCGCCGCGAGUGAACCAAACACCUCAAACGCCUCUGACUGCAAACAAUCUCGUCCUCAAAGCGACCAGAUACGUUCUCAAGAGAGCCGGUCAAUACGUUCUCCUCCAGACAGCAGUCUGACACAACAACACGACUCCGAUCCGUUCUCCACACAUGCCCUUACAAGCACAGGUGCCUGCCAUAUAUGCCCUGACCCACCGGCUACUCUCAUUAGUCUCUUAUGUGGACACGCAUACUGCAGAAAGUGUCUUAACCGCCUAUUCAAAGAGGGCAUCGCAAAUCGACGAUCUUUCCCACCAAAGUGUUGCCCGUGGUCGUCGAUACGACUCACCGCAGUACAGAUGUAUCUUGAUGACGACGUACUUCAUCGAUACAACGAUGUACACGACGAGUUCUCGGACCUCGACCCUGUUUACUGUGCGAAUAAACAUUGCAGCUCUUACAUUCGGCAGAGUCGCACGAACCAUCAACAUGGAAGAUCCAUGAUGUGUGGAAGUUGUGGCACUUACACCUGUGUCGAUUGCAAACAGCCUCGAGAUGAGCACGUUAACCAUAACGGCCUCCUGAAGUGUAAACGUCCCGAGCAAUUGAUGAGUACCGCGGACAGCGAGCUUGCCUACUUGCAGGGAUGGAAGCAAUGCCCCCGUUGCAAGAACCUCAUUGAAAGAAUUGAAGGCUGCAAUCGCGUGAGUAGUACUCGUCCACAUUUCGGUCACCGAAUGUUCACCAUUUCUUAGGUGACUUGUCAAUGUGGCACCCGGUUUUGCUACCGCUGCAAUGUUGCAAAGGAGUUAGACAACGAGCCCUGUCUUUGCCAGGCGGAAGGUCUUGAUGUAUACGGGCGGUACGAUCCUCUACUGGCCACAUCUCCUGGUGAACAUGUACGAUCGACU